GAGUUUACUGCUUCAGCCACUCAGUCAAGAAUUUGAAGAAACGGAUUGACCACUAUGGCUUCAAUCCUGAAGGCACAAAAAGCAAAUGCAUCAAAGGCGGAAGAAAAAGGGAAGGGAAAGCGCAGGGCGGAUGAUAUGGACAUUGACGAGCAGCCCGAAGCAGAACUCGUCCAGCCCAAGAGGAAGAAAAAUAAGCAGCGGGUGCUCCUCCUUUCGUCUCGAGGAAUCACCCAUCGUAUGAGACACCUGAUGAAUGAUUUGGAGGCCCUUCUUCCGCAAGUAAAGAAAGACUCUAAACUGGACUCGAAAUCGCAACUCCAACUUCUUCCCGAACUCGCUGAUCUCAAUAAUUGUAACAAUACGCUGUAUUUUGAAGCGCGGCGGCAUGAAGACCUUUACAUGUGGGCUGCGAAGACACCUAACGGACCCAGUAUCAAAAUGCACGUCCAGAACGUGCACACAAUGGAUGAGCUCAAGAUGACCGGGAAUUGCUUGAAGGGCAGCAGAGGUAUCCUGAGUUUCGAUCAUGCUUUUGAUGAGAGUGAGUGGGGGAGGCUUACAAAAGAGGUGUUCACACAUAUUUUUGGUGUACCUCCUCUGGCCCGAAAGGCCAAACCGUUUAUAGAUCAUGUCCUGACGUUUUCCAUCGUCGACAACAAGAUAUGGUUCCGAAACUACCAGAUCCUAGAAAAAGACCCAUUACAACCUAAUGCUCCUCCUCAAACUUCACUCAUCGAGAUUGGUCCACGAUUUGUACUCACGCCGAUUCGCAUUUUCGAAGGAGCUUUCCAUGGUGCUACUGUGUAUUCUAAUCCCGAGUUUAUCAGUCCUUCUUCUGUCCGCUCGAUGGCCAGACGCGAAAAGGGCGACAAGUACAACCAACGAAAAAAUGCAGAGGAGGAAAGCUCGAAGAGAAAGGAAUAUCGCAAAAGAGGCGAAGAUGUAUUGGCUGUAUCCCGAGUAUUUGCGUGAAUGCCGCUCGUACAGAGACCAUAUCAGUGUGCACGACUGUUUAUACGGUGCUAAAAUACAUAUCUGUAUACUUGAUCAUUCUUAUCACUUACAUCGGUGCCUCAG